CACCAACGGUCACACUGGUGUCAGCUGACACACUAAACAAAGAGGGACGCCGACAUAAACAGGAAUGUGCCGACUAAUUAUUAUUCUGCUUCUGCUCCUGAUUCUGAUUGUGGGUUACUUGUGGUGGAAGCCCACUGCAGGUGGCUCCAACUCGGAGGUCCUGCCUGUGCUCCUGUGGCACGGAAUGGGCGACACCUGCUGCUUGCCCUUUAGCCUUGGUGCCUUUAUGGAGUUAAUCGUGGCCCAGACGAAGGGCACCUACGUACGCUCCGUGGAAAUCGGCGGAAACAUGGUCAUGGACUGGGAGAGCGGCUUCUUCAUCCACCCAAACGAGCAGGUGGACUACGUCUGCAAGCAGCUGCUGGCGGACGAGAAGAUGGCCAAAGGCUACAAUGCCAUCGGGUUCUCGCAGGGCGGGCAGUUCCUUCGCGCGGUGGCUCAGCGGUGUCCCCAGCCCCCGAUGCGGACUCUGAUUACCUUCGGGGGCCAGCACCAGGGCGUCUUUGGGCUGCCAUCGUGCCCCACCCUGUCCGUUGAGGCCUGCGCCUAUAUAUCCCGGCUCCUGACCUCCGCAGCCUACGCGACGGCGGUGCAGGAGCAACUAGUCCAGGCCACUUACUGGCACGACCCGCUAAUGGAGAACAACUAUCGCCGGGGAAGCACCUUCUUGGCAGACAUCAACAACGAGCUGUACCUAAACGUCUUCUACACGGAGAACCUGAACAAGCUGAAGAAAUUUGUGAUGGUCAAGUUUCUCAACGACACCGUUGUCCAGCCAAAGGAUUCGCAAUGGUUCGAGUUCUACACCUCCGGGCAGGAUAAAGUUAUCCAGCCCCUGAAGGACAGUAAAGUCUAUGAAAACUUGGGAUUAAAUAAAAUGCAAAGGGAUGGUAAACUGGUGUUUCUGGGCGUCGAGGGCGACCACUUGUCCAUAUCCAAGGCUUGGUUUAUUCAGAACAUAGUGCCUCUCCUACUCGAAAAGUGAAUCGAAACAGGAAAUAUUAAACAUUUUAAUUAAACAUGAUUCUAAGCUGCAAUUAUCAUUACGGAGAGGAGCAGUUAAUAAACGACGGGUGUCUCCCAGAACAUUUCUAA